GAGAGGGAGGACAAGGGGUGGAGGAGGAGAAGGAGGAGGGCAUGGAGGAGGAGAGGGAGACGGAAUGAGGGUAAAGGAGAGAGGACAAAAGAAAGAACAAGUUCUGGGCGACUGGAAAAGUUGUCGGGUUUCCUUCAGCUCGUAAACAUCCAGCUCUUACAAGUCGGAGGUAUGGGCAGUCUUCCAAUCGCCCUGCUCCUCUGCGGUUUCCACGCCCUCACAGCUGUAAUCCAAAACCCGGCGGCCGAUGUGGAUGGAGAUGUGGGACUACCCAUAGGGGACUGGAAUGAAGAGGAGUCUCCCGUAACCGUGUCUGAUCCAUGCAGGGAGGAGAUGUACCCCUGCACCAGGUUGUACUCUGUCCACCAACCCAUCAAGAGAUGCAUCCACUCCCUCUGCCUUUACAGCCUUCCUCGUGUCUAUGUAAUCAACAAGGAGAUCUGUGUGAGAACUGUCUGCCAGCAGGAAGAGAUCCUGAAGGCUGAACUCUGCAGGGAGAGUUCCGGCUGGCCCAAACGCCUCCAGAGGUCAACCACCAAUAAGAAACGGUGCCGCAAUCGCCGUGGCAACGCCAAAACCUGGGCCAACAAGGCCUGACUUGUCCAAGAUGGCGGUGAUGUGAGGAAACGGGAGGAAGGACACACUUGGAGACCGAACACUGGGUUGUCUCCAUAAAAACACCCCAUAAAUCCACUGCUCAACACCUGGUGCUAGUCUGUGCCUAAUGUGUGCACACACACCCAUACACACACAUACACACCCACACCAUUUAAGAAGAGCCUGAGUCAUAUUUCUCAGUUCUUCUAUUAGCCUCCUGUUCUAUUCUAAUUGUCUGUGAAUAUUAUGGGGAGAAAAACAGACAGAUGAUUGUGUAUUAUUUGACAUGGAUCAUGUUUCCGUGGUUACGACCGGCCGUUAUGGGCUGUGUAAUACAGUUCAGAUGUAAGGCUGUGGAGUUCCUGUAGUCAGUCUCAGUACCAAGUACUCACUGUCAUCGCUGGUACCUUAAUGGAAAGCAUUAUAUUACAAGUACACUAUUAUUAACCAAUAAAACAGAAUUAUGAAUGGUUUACUAUUCUGA